GUGAUGCAUUGAUGGCUGAGGACAUGUACUGUCUGGAAGUUGCACAAGCUGGCUAGUGCUGCUUUCUGUCACCAUUGCAGCAGUGCUUCCUAUAGGGAUUUUUAUCUCAAAAGUUGUUGCACAUGACAAGCAAUGAACAUGGGUCAGAAAGUCUCGGGUGGCAUCAAAACAAUAUCCAGCUCACGUGAGCCAACCUACAAAACCCUUAACAGAGAACCGGCUUUCAAUCCAGACUUUCAGAAACCAGCUCGGCUCGAUGCACUUCUAGAUAUGCCACCAGUGAGCCGUGAGGUGCAGUACAAGCAUGCCUGGAAUCCAGAUGACCGGUCUCUAAAUAUCUUUGUCAAAAGUGAGGACAUGAUGACUUUUCACCGCCAUCCUGUGGCUCAGAGCACAGACUGCAUUCGUGGGCGUUUUGGUUACACCCGAGGACUGCAUGUGUGGGAAAUUGUGUGGAGUACACGACAGAGAGGUACCCAUGCAGUGGUGGGAGUUGGGACAGCUGAAGCACCACUGCACUGUGUUGGGUAUCAGUCUCUUGUUGGAAGCAACAAGGAGUCUUGGGGCUGGGAUCUGGGGAGAAACAAGCUCUAUCAUGACAUGAAGAACCAUCCAGGGAUCACAUACCCUACACUUUUAAACUCCGAUGAAAACUUUGUGGUGCCAGACAGCUUCCUGGUCAUUUUAGACAUGGAUGAGGGCACACUAAGCUUUAUGGUUGAUGGACAAUACUUGGGCAUAGCCUUUCGUGGGCUCAAGGGCAAAAAACUUUACCCUAUUGUGAGUGCAGUAUGGGGACAUUGUGAAAUCACCAUGCGAUACAUUGGAGGACUUGACCCUGAACCCCUGCCACUCAUGGAUAUAUGUCGAAGAGGAGUGAGAAGUCAGCUGGGAAAGCAGCGACUACAUUUGAUAAAGGAACUUCCAAUUCCCAACUCUCUAAAAAUGUACCUAUGGUACCAGUCCUAGCACAAGGGGCAUAUUUCUGUUAACAUUAUGGGGUGCUUCUGCGGUACCUCUGUUUCAUCAUGUCAUUUCACACUGCAUUGUUUUGUUGCCGCUGCCUUUCAGCCUAGCAUUGCCAUCUUUUAGGCAAGAGGCAUGUGCUUACUAAAUCUUAGUCUUUGACCUUUAAUGAUCAAAAGUUGCACCACACAUAAGUCCAGCUAAGCUAAUUAAUGAGGUUUUUUUUUAAAUACCAUGUAAGGCUGAUUUAUCUUCUUCUUUCUUUCUGUAUGCUACAUGUUCAACAGGUUGAGCAGAUUGAGUAGUGAGCAACAAUUACUUUUGGCCAUUUGAGCUGAUACUAAGAGCUAAUUAUAAUGAUCGAAACCUGUACUAAGUGCCUCGGCACAGACUUUCUUAUAUUUCUUAAUAUUUUUUUAAAAUACUGCAGAUAGCAAAGACAGGGUGGGGGAUGGGAGAAAUAAUGUUAAGAUCACAAAAUGCACAAUAAUCAAUAACCUGCAAUUCAGUCAAAAUAAUGGUUGUAGGCACCGAAAAGGUAUCAAAUAAAUAUUGUAUCACUUUAUAUGCCCUGAAAUUUGAUUUUUCAAUAAAAGCUGCAAAGAAAAAUAUUCAUGCACAGCCACAAGCAGUAAAAUUUUGCAUCAUAAAAGAUUUGUGUAUGGGCACCUGACUAAAUAGUUUUCAAAGGAAUUUUCAAAAUAAAUCUACCACAUUUUAUCUUUAUGCAUUAUAUGGCCAGGAGACUAAUGAAAAUUUUAAAACGUUAAAUCCCUAGUGCCAGAGGGUCUCUGAUUUUAUAGGAUUCAGCCUGCUGCUUUUUUUUUUUUUUUUUUUUGCAUUGUUCCUAAUAUGUUCUGUACUUAAUAUGACAGAAAUAAGUUACUCAGCUGUCUUUAUGAAAAUAAGGCAAAAUUCCUGACUAGUUUUCAGAUUUAAUAAAUAGGAAAAGUAAAAAAGAGGAAGGAUCAAACAUUUUUACCAUGGUAACUUUUACCUCUAGUACCAUCUCUUUUUAUCUUCCAGACUCCAUUCAUAUAAUUUAUCAAAGUCUUAUUGUCAUUGACACAGUUAAGGGAAGAGAAUGCUAGCAACAUUUUUUUUUACUUUCCUUGUUUAUACUGUUGUCAUGCACACACCUACCCUCUCAUACUGAUAUUUUAUCAAAGAGAGCCUGUCUGGAACUAGUCAAAACUAUUUAUCUGAACGGGUAUCUAUGGGUAUGGUGAAGUUACAUUGACAGCAUUCUGAACCAAGGAUUGCUUCAAGUUUUUUUGUUUUGUUUUUUUUUUUUUUUUUUUUGUAUGGGUGAGUGGGUAGGGGAGCCAUUUUCCUUGUUCGUGGCAUUUACCAGGAAAUAACUAUUAUGCAUUUGGGAAGAGGUCGCCUGUCUCUUUCUUAGCUUCAGCAUUGGACUUCAAAUGCUUGUUCUCACAGAUUGUGCAACCAUCUAAAUCUCAAUAGUUUCAGUGUACAGAGCAGCUAUUAAGUGGAAACAAUGUGCACUGGACCAACACUUUGUUGUGCUAAUGGUAUACCUGAUCUCCCAUUCUGAGUGGCUAGCCAACCUAGUUGUGUUUCUUUUCAUUCUCCAUAUCACUAGCAUCCCAAGGGCAAGAGACAAUUUGGAGAGUGCUGUGUAAAAAAAAAAAAGAAAGUAAUUUAUAAAAUGUGUGUGUAGUUUUUUUUAAAUGCUUUUUGCUUGAGGACGUUGUCAAGAAUGUUUUUUAAUUCAAUGCUUCCUUUGUGAACUGUCAGUGUUGUACUCUAAGUGUUCAUCGAUAAUGUCACUGUAAAAUUUAAAAUGGAUGAAGCCUGGUUGUGCACUUUUAUACAGAGCGCUUGAGGAGGGGAGAGCGUGGAUGUGCAUAUCACAAUAUGUGUAGCAAUAUGCCUGAACAUGCCUGUCCAUGUUUGUGUGUAAAAGAGUAAGAUGCAGAUGGUUAUAGGUCUUCACAAUGAGUGUUUAUGGAUGUAUAUGCAGUUUGAGAGGAGUACACAUGGGUAUAUGUGUGAUGCAUCUGUCAACAUCAUCACACCCCAUUAAAUGUUUACUUCAGAGGGUGGUCAUUAUGGCAUGCAAGACUAGCAGUGCUGACGUGAAUAUGUUGAAACAUAUGCUGUUUAAAAUUUAUGGGUGCCAAUACCAUGGCAUACAAGUUCACCUUGUCACACUGAUGUUGGAGCAUUCUGGUUACAGUUUUAAAAAAAAUGAGGUAAAAAGAAGGUAAAGGACAGAGAAGAAAGUGAAGCCAGGUGACUUAAACUGAGCCUUUUCACAGAUCUGCUGGGACUGAACUCAUCUUUCAUGUUGAUUUUGUUUUCCCUCACUUACAUUUUUGUGUGCAAUAUUUCAUUUCUCUUUUGUCUUUUAAAGCUUGUUUGAAGAGAGGGGAAUGAGAAUGAAUGGAUUCAGUGUCAGACUGGCAUGUUCUUUAUCUUUGAUAGUUCUCAGACAUUGCCAGUAACAAACCACUUUGUGAAACAAGAUGUUUUAUCUGCCUUCAUUGAAGUGAAAGUUGAAGCAUGAACAUAAUCAGCCAUUGCUUCUGUCUUCUCUAGUCCUCAUUGGUCAUUCAUAUUUCGGGUGUGAUUUUUUAGCUAUUGCUUUUACUCCAUAAAUGUUAAAACAGAUCUUUCAAGGAAAAUAAAAUCUUAAUUGGAACUGAAGCUUCCCAACUGUUUCCUCAAAGAGUAGUCACAGUAUUGCUGCAAGAGAGAAUAUAUGUUUGUUUUUAUUAUCAUAUGGUUACAGAAAUAUUUUAUCAGCUGGGGUUGGGGGGCUUAAAUCUUUGCUUUGUGUCAAUAAACCUGUGAAAUUUCUAUUCAGUUGGUGAAUGCUUUAAGGGGCAAACACUCUCAUGUCAUAGGCUAACACCUAAAGCUGAUACGCAAACCAGAAAAGUGUUUAAUGAAUGUUAUGCAGUAUUUGCAUUUGUUAAAUAUCUCUGGCACUUUUAAAGAAUUCUUAGCUAUGAUGUUUGUGUCAUGAAAUCAGAAAUGAUUUACAUUCUUUUAAAAGCAGUAUUCAGGUUUACUGUAUUCGCCAAAAAGACAGUUUCUUAAGGAUAAAGAAUUCUAAUGGGGCAUUGUUAUACAAUUUUAAAAAAAAUUGAUUUAAGCAAAGAACAAUAAGUAGGCUGCUAUAUGUUCACACCUCACGGAAGAGUUAAUUGUUUUUGUUUUUGUUUUUUUGUUGUUGACAUUUUCCAUAGAUACAUCAGAACUAAAUGCUUAAAUUUGAGGCUUACUAAAAAUUAGUAUCAAGAGGAUUGACUUUGCUUUAUAAAUGUCAGUAUGAUGAAAAGAAGGCAGAUAGUAAAAUCAAGAAGACAAUUGAAAAGAAAACCAGCAUCUACAAAGAAGUUUUAGCAUUAUUUAGAUAAAGUCACAGGCUAACAGCUCACAAGUUGAAAACUGCCUUUUGGAAAUUACAUGCAUUAUAUACAAUGUAUAUGGAUUCAAAGGCUUUAGAGGUGGACACCAUGGCUGAUAGGCUUGUCUUCAUUAUGAUACUUCCAGGAGUCUUUGUAUAGCCAUUUAGCUUGCAUCACAGUCAGCAUUUGUGCGUGUGUGUGUGCACACAUUGUAUGAAUUAUUGAGCUUGUGUUAGAUGUUAGCCAGUCUGUAUGCUCAUGUGAUAGCACACUUAAUGUGCUUUGUGUGCAAGACUUUCUUCCUUUUACAGUUGAGCUGUUAGCUUCUUGGCAUCAGGUUACUUGGUCAGCAUGCAGAAAAUUAGGCAUUGUCUUAAAAUGGUUUGCUCUUCUUAUUAAUGGCUGUAGUUUUUGUACAUGAACCUUUAUUCUUACUGUAAGAAAAAUGUAUAGGGGGUUCAUAUUCAGUUUCAGCAGUAAAGAGGGGAGAGACAAAGUGGUAGUAAAGGUUGGGUGGUCCUACAUGCGCCAUAGAAAGCUAUGCAUUUUUAUUGGCAUUCACCAUUUAAAGAAAAAAAGUUUUGUGGGUUUUUUUUUUUAAUUUUUACAAUAGUUGUCUUAUGUCAUACUGCUUCAUGUAGGAAAGAAUGAUGUAGCUGAUUUCUUACAAUUUCAAAUGUUAGUGCUUUUUUCCAAAUCAACUAUUUUGUAAUAUGUCAUCAGCAUUGUAAACACAGGGCAAAGGUUUGCUCUGAGAGGUAGACCUUUAGGUUAAAACUCUCUUGUGGCAAAAACAAAGAUUUUAAUUGGCAAUGUUUUAGCUAAGUAUUAUCUGUUAUGAUGAGAGAUAUGAGAAUGUGCAAAGAUAAAGGAUCUUAAUUUGUGAAAAGUUAUCCAAUUUAUUUUGUUGGAAUAGAAUGAGCAUGGAUUAUGCUAAAGAGUAUUUAAAUGCUGUAUUUUUCAUUUUUAACUUACUAAGCAUACAUAUUUUUAACGUAAUGAUGGCAUCAUCAAAUAUCACCUUCAAAAUCCCUCCUUUGGGAAAACCCCCCCAAAACAUGUUAUCAUUUUUAUUCAGAUAAAUGUGCUGAGGUGAAUGCCUUGAAUGUGUUACAUGGUAUUGACAAACUCUAACCCAUCUUUGUCUGAAAUAAUAAAUCACAGUAAUGAUGAAUAAUUUUACAUCUAAAGACUAAUAUGGUGCAGUCUGUAGUGCUGUUUUUGGAAAAAAAUAAGGCUGAAGUUUUCUGUUGCACAUGGAGAUAUUUACACUCAUUUCAUUUGAGCAGAGGAUAUAAGCCAAUGUAAGAUUAACUGAAAUCAAUUUUGUGUGUUUUAUUUAAAGGAUUACUACAAUAUUUCCAUUCCAGGUUGUUUUUAUUUAAAUAAUUGCUCACAUCUGUAUUAUCACUGCCAUUUUAAAAUUGAAGCAUUGUAUCACUUUUGCUUUUGAAAUGUGCUCUAUUCAGGCCUCUUUUGAACAUUUUGGUCUUGACUACAUUAGAACUGAGUGCAACCUUCUUUCUGAACGAUAGGUAGUUUUAGUCUUUCUCUUCUUAUUUUACACUCGUUUGUUGGAUUCAUGGCUAAAAGCACUAUCUUGAAAAAUUUUUGAAAGAGGAGCAUAAUUGGGAAAAAAAUAAAAUAUUGAAGCCAGAUAAUAAGCAGUAUAUGAUUUAUUGUUGUUUCAUCUUUCAGACACUUGCAUCUGUCCUUGGUAGCUAAAUCAAAACUUGAGUCUUGGAAUAUAUUUAAAGUGUAUUAUGUGUUAGGGUGUUGAUCUGCAGAAUAAUCUGCUUUUCUCUUUUUCAAGAUCUGUUAAUCUAAGAAAAAAUAUGCAAAUUCACAUUAACCUAUCUUUUUAUCCCCAUGAUCUUCGCAGGUAAUUUUGAUAAGUAGUGUAAAUUUCAUCCAAAGUUUAUGCUUUAGUAUACGCCAUAGAUCUCUUGAUUUGUUUUACAUUAAAAUGCUUGCAUUUACAAAUACAUUACAGUCUUGAUUAUAUACGUUUUAUCCAUGACUUCGGAUAGUUAGAAUAAUUAAGAAUUAAGUCAUUUCUAUAUAAUAAUUUAAUGUAAAGAGGAGACUUCUGCCUUUGUAAUUUCUAAAUAAUAUGUGUAAAGGAAGAAACAUUUUUUGCUAACUACAUUUAUAAAGUUUUCUAAAUGCAAUGCCAUUUAUGUGAUACUAAUUAUAAAGCAGUAUACAUGACACAGAACAAGGCAGUUUAAAAAAAAAUAGCUUGUCUCUUGCUAAUAUGGAGCUUUUGCUUAUACAUUAUGCCAGUGGUUCUCAAAGUAUUUCAGAAACACGGACCACUUUACUAAAGUAAAAAUACAGUUGACCACCAAGGCCUAAAAUCACUCUACUGCGAAUUUUAGAUUUAAAUUGCUGCACUUGUUUCAUUACAAUUCAAAACUAAAUGUACUUUUGUGACAGUAGUAUAGUAAUAAGCUUACUUAAAAUGACAUAGUUUGCAAAGUACACAUAAAAAUUAAAAAUAAGGACAUGCACUGCGUUACUAAGGAAUGCAAUGUUCGCGCUGUGACAUAAAGACUUAGUUGUUAAGCGAGCGUUGUGUGCGAACGAGCAGUUGCGAAUCGAUAAAAUUAAAACUUAUGUGAAAUCGGUUCUGGACUAAUGGCGAUUUAAACAUCACUUUUCUGACAUGAUGAUUGUCAGCUGCGGACUUUGAGAAUCACUGCAUUAUGCCACUCUUUAAGUCUUUUUUUAUUUCAUUCCUGCUUAAUUUUAUGCCUUUGCAUGUGCUAGUCUUUAAAAGUGCAGCCAUUACUAAUUUUAGUGGUUUUUUUUCAUUUUGACCUGAUCAUCAUUUAGUGUGCAGUAUUAUACAAAAAAACGACAAAUUUUGUGAGUCUGUGGGUGCGACUGGUAAUGCCUUAUGAUGCUGAAAUAUGUAUCUAGUUGUAUGUGUUUGGGUGUGUGUAGGUGGAUAGGUGUGCAUGGAUAAGUGCGUAGCUGUGCAUCUUUCUGCUUAUUUCCUGUUAAAAUCUUCAGCCAACUAGUUGUUGCUAGAAGAUAUAGCUUUAACAUUUCUAAAAAGAUUUGAAAGUUGCAUGUGGUAAGAUAAAUCAUUUGAAUACAAAUCGCUUUUUCCCAGACCCUUUUUAAUGCUUCCUAAUUCUGCAAAUGCAGCUUCUGUAAAAUCCUGUCCAACAUGCAAAACAAGUAAAUAGUGUAAAGGGUUAGGAAUUGUAAAAAGCUUAAGACACGAAGAGUUUUGAGGGUUCCCCUACCCCCCACUCCAGUAAAUCAAGUUACCAUCCCAUAUUUUGAUGCCAUAUUGCACAGACUUGUUAUGAUAAAAAUUGGAUUACAAAAUGCUGGAAAGAGGCAAUCAGCUUACCCAGAGAAUCCUAAGUGGUCAUGACACAUUUGUAAAUUAUUGCCCUUAUCUUCCCCUAGAAGACUCAUCAUUUUAAGAAGACAGCAGUCUGUUUUGUGUGAAGAUUUCACUGAUCCAAACAGGAAAAGCAUAGAGGCUGCAAAAAUAUGAAGAAAACUAUUUCUUUGAUGACACUGAUAAAAUGAUGCUCCUUUGAUGCCUAGUGGUCUGCCAAGGAAGGUGAUCUUUGUUUUGCAUGAAAUUUUAUAUCUUUAACACAAUAACAACAUUCUUAAACACCAGUUUAAGUGGUGCUUCAUGUUGAAGAACAGCAUGAAUUUUAUGCAGAUUCAUAUGCUUCAGACGUUGAUGUAAGGCUUGAAAGGCCUUUCAUAUGUUAAUGUAUAAUUUCAACAACUACUUUCCUUGCUAUAAUCAUUGCUGACUUUCCUGCCUGAUAGUUUUCAUUCUAUUGUUCAGUAAUUUGGUUGCCUUGCUUUCUGUUGAUUUGUGCACAUACGAUGCUUUCACUCACCAAUGAUGAAAACAUUUGAUAUCACACAAUGAUGAAACUAUCUUGUGUUUAAAAAAAAAGGGGGGAUCACUUUUGGAAGCAUCAAGUAUGUAAAGUCUAGUGACUAAUAUAGAUGAAUAUUAUCUUAAAGUGUAAUUUUUUUUUCAUAAAUUAUCCAAAGAUCAUUGGCCCAAUCUUUAAAGAUUUAUAAAUAUGAGUUGUCAGUGCAUUACAGAUGUUUUAAUCCUAAGGAUGUUAGGAGUAGUAAAAUAAAAGCAACCAGUUUAGCAGAGCUGGGGAUACAUAGCCUACUGAGUGCAACAUCUUUUUUUUAUAAAAAAAAAGAUUUUUCAUACUGCAUUACAAGCUAUUGAUUUCAAUCAUUUACUGCUUAAUUCUCUUAAUUGUUUUUCAUGAACAUGAAGUUUGAUUGAAUCUAACAAAUGGAAGUGUUUAUUUUUAAAUAGCUUAGUGGAAAUUCAGCUUUCAGUCUUUACUGGUGCUUAUACUUAGAAUACAUUUAUUUCAAAGUACAUACUGACACAAAUUUUACUUAGUUCUUUGAAGAUAACAUUUGUUCAGCAAGUCUUUUAAAUAUGCUAUUGUCGAAGGUGGAAAAGUGGUAAUUUAAAAAAUGUCCCUGGAUUUGGUGUCAGGUUUGUUUCAUAUUGUAAACAUAAUUCUUCAAAAAAAAAAAAUUAGGUUUACCAUUAUCUGUGGUCUGUAAUAGGUGUUGGUCUACAAGCUGAGAAAUGGCAAAAUAAUAGUUAACUGUUUGUUGAACUUUCUCAAAGUCCUCAAAUAUUAUCUGUUUUUUACCUGGAAAGAUUAUGUCAGCUUCAUGGUACUUUCAGGGAUACACAUUUUGGAAUGGCAAGUAGAACAUUGUUUGCUAGGUGAGAUGGAUUGGCCAGAGUUUAAGUGCUGUGGGUUUAAUCAUUUUCGAAAUAACAAAUCAUUUCUAGUUCAACUGAUGAGCCAAUCAAAUUUGUUAUUUGCAUGGUUUACCUCACUGCCAAUCUCUUACCAAGAAAGUGAAAGAGAGCAAACUUUUUCCUGUAUGCCCUUUGUGUGUGCGCGCCUACAUGAAUGGAGAACAUGCUAAGAGACAAAGCUAAUUAAAAAGAAGAGCUUAAGUGACUGCCAUUUACAUAGUAAGAAACCCAACUCCCUAUAAUUUUGCUAAGCCAUUAUCUUAUUAUUCUGCCUUCAUUUGCUAAAUGACUAAAGGUGAAUCUGUAUAUUUAUUUUGCAUGUUUGUUUUUUUCUUUUGGUUUUUUUUUUUUUUAGUUUAAAGCAUGGGCGAUGGCACAUUUUCAUAUUUUUGUUUUGUCAUAUUUGAAAAAAAAUAAAACCACCUCAAGCAAGCUACAUACUUUCAGGACCAACAAAUUUGCUGCUGCACCACCUUUAAUGGCCUUGUUUGUAUUUGUGUAUGGGUUGAGGGGGAGGACUGAGUAUGAUGCAGAAGCAGCUCUACUCUGUUCAUCUUUUACAAUACCUUGACCACUAUGUACAAAACCUUUUCUAUAUUUUGCAUAAGCUAGCCAAUAAAAGUUGACCUGUGUACAAUUUAUUCAGCCCUGAUAGACCUCACCAGCACUGUUGAUGCACUUCUCAUUGAAGACUUUAGUAGGAAAAGGCUGUCUUGAAACCUGAAAGCCAAACACCAUGCAACAUGGCAGAUGAUCCUAUGGGGUUGUUAGGGCUAAAAUUGAGGUCGGACAUGUAACCCUAUUAUUGUGUUGGCUAAACAAUUAGAUUGUAAUAUGUAACCCAGGAAUAAGCAGGAAUGCUUUUCUCAUUUUUGGCUGGUUCAGAUGUUAAAUGCAUUAUGUGCAAUCUGUAAACUCUUAGCUUAUGACAGUACAAUAAUUUAGUUGUUCCAGCCAAAUCAUUGAAAUGGUGUCAAUGAAAAAUGUUUGUAACAUUUCUUUUUCGUCUUUAUUAUAGACAUUAUUUUUCCUGUCCUUUGCCCUCUCAGUAUUCACACAACCUGUGUGCAAGAAAAGACAAUAAAAAAUUCACAAGAAAAAUGAUGCAUGAAUGGUAGUUAAAUAAUAUAAAGAAUUUUAAACACAACCAAGGUGGGAGAUGAGAGAAAAAAGUGUAUAAUGGGUAGGGGGGGAGGAAAAUUGUUGAACAUGAUACUAUAACAAGAAUUGAGCCCAGUGUUGAAAGUAAAUUUUGUAUAGCAGUAGAUUUUCCUUUGGUUUUACCAUUGUCAUCACAGUCCUAUUUUUUGAGGACGAUGUAUGCUUCCUGAUUAUGAAUGUUACACGAUGCCUUGACUUUUAAAUGUGCAAUACGGUUUACAAGUUGUCAUUGAAUGAUAAUUUUUCUCAGUGUGGUAGCACUCAGUAAAUCUCUUUAUUUAAGAACUUUGUGCGGUACAGUUUGAGAUUUUUUUUUUUUUUUUUUUUGGCAACCUUUUCAUGGUCUUACUAUAGUUCAUUUCCAUCGAUGUGGUAGACUUCGUGUGUUGUGCAAAACUUAUCAAUUGAUUAUGGUCGACCACUGAAUGAUUUUUAUUUUUCGUAUGGUCACUGGUUGUAAAUCGUUUGUACAUUUGUCCUAGGUUCUAGAUUAUGCAUUAAAGUUGUGGAUGGCAGGACCGCACAAGCAAUCGGGA